AUGGAUCCCAACGAGAACAGCCAGGCGCCAGACGCACCUGAUUCCAGAAAGAUGAACGAUAUCCGACUUCGACGACUGGCCAAGCUCGGGUCAUCGAACAGAUCCCCAAAGCCGGAAGACGGUUCACCGAAUCCAGAGAACGAUGCCGAGACCUCGACCGCAGCCACGACGAACGAAGGCAAGGGCAAAUCUCCAGCAGAGGUCACGCCUUCCUCUACACCGACGCCCGUCCCCGCGAAUCCCUUCUCACAGCUUGGCGUCAGGUCCACUUCCGGUGCGUCGCCAACAGCCGAGAGCAGCGCGCAGAAACGAGGGUCCUCUAAGAUGGACGAUCGCGCCCCAGCGCCUGCCCCCACGAAGAAGGCCAACGUGGAAGAAUCAGUAGAAGACUUCUCGGACAGGAUCCUCAGCCACGUCUUCCGCAUCACCGUCGACCCGGAACGCCUUACCGAUAUCCACGGCCAUAAGCUGAACUUCCUGUCCGAGGCAAGCCAAGAAUUAAAAGAGAAUGGGUCACCGCUGAAGCUUACCACUGCUGUCCUCGAUAGCGCCCUUCUGGAAGCUGUGACCGCCGUGCCUGCCGACAAACCUAUUCUUGGCUACCUUCUUCCUUGUUUUAAGCGUAUCGUCCGGUCGAAUGUGGUCAAGGAGACACCCGAGAAGCGCGAGGUUUUGGAAGAAGCAAGAAGACUAUGUGUCAGCAACUGCCUGUUUGCCCUCACAAUCCCUGAUCUGUUUGGUCCCAGACGGUCGCAACCCGAGAGCCUGGACCCGUACCUGUUAUGUGGACAUGACCAGGACGAUGGAAUUUGCCUGGAUUUCCUCCGAGAGGCUGUGAAAAGGUUUCCCGAGGACGAGCAGUUCCCUGUGGCCUUUGCCGAUGCCAUGCAUUCUAUCAGCAUAAAACUGUCUGGCCUCACCAUGGAGAACGAUUACAAGCCGUACAUUAACGCAUUGAUGUCGUACACCAAGUUCCCUGCUCUGCUGAAUGCUAUUUCACAACACCCCAACUUCAUGACGGCACAGAAGUCUGGUGCAGUGCUUGAAAAAGACACUAUCUUGGGGCCGUUCUUCCGGAUUUCACCCUUGCAGUCUGAAGUCACACUGACGUACUUCCCCAACCCGCGAGGCUUGGACCGGAGCCGCGCAGCACCAUCCCAAGACGCCUUGCGAGCCAUUUUGCGAGUUCACCAGGACGAACUCUUUACUAUUGCCAAUGCUUUCAUCCGAGCAGACACCGAUACGCGGGCACGGGUUCUCGAUUGGUUUGCUUCUGCAAUCAACGCCAACCACAAGCGUAGGGCGAUGCAGGUCGAUCCCAAGGAAGUAUCGUCAGAUGGUUUCAUGAUGAACUUAACUGUUGUCCUGGACCGGUUCUGCUCACCUUUUAUGGACACCACGUUCUCAAAGGUUGACAGAAUCGAAGUGGAAUACUUCCGGCGCGACCCCCGCGUCGACAUCAAGGAAGAAACGAAGCUUAAUGCUGACCAGUCGGCAUCUGAUGCAUUCUAUGCUAAGAAAGUGGAAGGCAACUCCAACUUCAUCACCGAGAUCUUUUUCUUGACCCUUGCAGCACAUCACUAUGGCAGUGAGGCAACAAACUCGAAGCUCAAAAGCUUGGAGCGCGACAUAAAGUGGUACGAAAAACAUCUGACAGCUAUGGAGGCCGAACGGCCGAAGGUUCAGAAUCAACCGGCACAACUUGCCAUGUUUGAGUUGACUCUCAAGAGGCACACGACCGUUCUGGAGAAGGCCAUUGCAAUGAAGUACGCCAUUGAGGGUGUGUUCUUGGACGAGAAGAUGCAGGAGCUAUCGCUUCGCUUCAUGCGAUACGUGGCUGUUUGGCUGCUUCGUCUGGCUAGCCAAACAAACUACACACCUGACAAGGACCUUCAGCUGCCGCUGCCCGCCGAGGCACCCGAAGCUUUUGCGUGUCUCCCGGAAUACGCACUUCAAGACGUAGUGGACAACUUCAAAUUUGUGUAUCGCUAUCUCCCCCAAAUCAUGCCAUCCGCUGUUGGCAGCGAGAUGAUUGCACUGUGCAUUGCGUUCCUCCGCUCAUCCGAGUAUAUCAAGAAUCCCUACCUCAAGUCUUCUCUGGUCACUCUGCUUUACUCUGGAACCUGGCCGUUCAUGCACUUCAAGAAGGGAGUUCUCGGCGAUCAGCUCUAUGGAUCGAAAUUCGCAAACGAAAACCUCUUACACGCGCUCAUGAAGUUCUACAUUGAGGCGGAGUCGACUGGUGCCCACACCCAGUUCUACGACAAGUUCAACAUCCGUUAUGAGAUCUUCCAAGUCAUCAAGUGCGUCUGGGGCAACGACGUUUACAAGCAGCAGUUGACGAGAGAGAGCAAGGUCAACCGACAGUUCUUCGUUCAGUUUGUCAACCUGCUGCUCAACGACGCCACCUACGUACUCGACGAGGCAUUGACGAAAUUCCCCAAGAUCCACACGUUGCAGCAAGAACUGGAGUUUGGCAAUAGCCUGUCUGCACAGGACAGGGAGAAGAAGCAGGAAGAGCUGCAGGGGUUGGAGGGCCAGGCAGGCUCAUACAUGCAGCUUGCUAACGAGACACUGGCAAUGAUGAAACUCUUCACGUCGGCACUGGCGUCAGCCUUCACCAUGCCCGAAAUCGUGCAGCGCCUGGCUAGUAUGCUCAACUACAAUCUGGAGACGCUGGCGGGCCCCAAAAUGGGCCAGCUCAAGGUGAAUAACCCGACAAAGUACCACUUCCAGCCUCGAGUUUUGCUUUCCGACUUUGUCGACAUCUACCUCAACCUGGGCUCGUCACAGGCGUUCAUCGACGCGGUCGCUUCGGACGGCCGUUCGUACAAGCCCGAGGUGUUGGACAAGGCGGGCUUCAUUCUGUCGAAGCGGAGCAUGAAGGAUGCCAACGAGCUCGAGCAGUUCAACAGCCUGAAGGCCAAGUUCCAGGAGUCGAAGCAGAUCUCGGACCAGGCGGAACUCGACCUUGGCGACAUCCCGGCCGAGUUCGAGGAUCCGAUCAUGGGCGAUCUGAUGAAGGACCCCGUCAUCUUGCCGUCGAAGCACAUUGUCGACCGCGGCACCAUCGUGCAGCACUUGCUCUCGGACCCCAAGGAUCCGUUCACGCGUCAACCGAUGACGGUGGACGAUGCGAUUCCUCACACGGAGCUGAAGGAGAAGAUUCAGAAGUGGAGAGAGGGGAAGAUUGCGGCCGCUAAAGCCAGGGCACAAGGCGAGGCAAUGGACACGACGGAGGGUUGA